AUGAAUUCUGAAAAUUACGAGCGGUGGCUCCGUACUCAACUGAUACCAAAUUUACCGCCUAAUUCAGUCGUGGUAGUCGAUAAUGCAUCGUACCACAAUAAACAACUCGAUGCUGCACCAUCGUCCAAUUCAAAGAAAGCAGACAUGCAAACCUGGCUUCGUCAAAAAGGUAUUAAAUUUGAAGAGACCAUGCUAAAGCCGGAGUUGUACAUCUUAAUAAAAAAAUGCAAAGAUAAAUUUAAGAAAUUUAAUAUCGAUGCUAUUUUGAACGAAGCAGGACAUUCUGUACUUCGUUUGCCCCCAUAUCACCCGGACCUGAAUCCUAUUGAAAUGGCCUGGUCCCAAAUAAAAAGUUAUGUUGCCUGUAAAAAUGUAACUUGGAACCUGACACGUAUAACUGAGUUGAUUCAUGAAAAAGUAAAUUUAAUGGGAGCAACAGAAUGGGAGAAGCUAUGCACGAAGGUAAAAGAAAUAGAGGCUGAUUACUGUAAAAGCGAUCAUGUGGUGGACAUGAUGACAGAAACAUUUGCUAUCCACAUAGGGGAUUAUGAUUCCGACUCAGAUGAGGAUGGAAGCUCGAGUGACGACAGCGACGACGAUGAAAUGGCCACUUCUAGCACCAACACCGCGUCCUCAUCUGGUUUUCACGUCACGCAUGAUGACUUAAUGGAAGGAGUUUCAACAUUAAUUUUAUUUCGAUUAAACAUUCUAUAA